GAUUAUAUAUAUAUAUUUUUUCGCAUUUUCAUUUUUUUCCAUUUAUUGCAGAAACCUUCACAAACAAUCUUCAGAAUCAUAAAAAAACGUUCUUCAAAACCACACACAAACUUCUAUUAGAUCCUCUUAAAGACAGAAGAGAAAGGAGAAGAACUCGUUCAUUUAAGGCCCAAAUUAACAAACACGUUUUGAACUCACCAUGAACAUUUUCAACGUUCACAGAGAUCAUUAGUCAGCAUGUCAGGGCGACUUUAUAUAUUUGAUGAUGCAUAAGUCUUUAUAACUAUUACUGGAAUCAUCAGAGCAUCCUUGAGAAUUACAGUCAGCUCCUCUACAACUUGUUAAUGGAUACUAUGCGACGAAACGUUUGUGAAUUAACACUGAAACCAUUCAGAAAAGAUAAUUGGACAUUUUUUUUUUUUUAAAGGCAUGGCUUGACAGGUUUGAAGUUCUACACGAUGGUUUAUACUGAGCGUCUUAUCAACAAAGAAAGUCUGCCUAAGCAAUUCAUUCCUUUAUAACAUUAAGCGUCUCUGUACAGUAAGAAGAUACCUACGAUGUAAUAAUGUCGCUGUAUUAUUUCCAGUGACUGUUGUUAUGAAGUUAUUAGUGCAAAUUUUCCCCUUCUCCUCUCACUGCACUCCCUGUGCUUUCUCCCUCACCUCUGCUCUGAUCUCCCCUCUUUCCUUCACCGCCAUCUCCCUGCAAUUACUGUACCUUCUUAAUCCCUCAAAAUCUGCUUUCCUAACGUCAGGUGUCUUGCUUGUGUUUUCGCUUCGUCAAGCUUUCUCCCAUUGGAAAAAUAACUUAAUUUCACAAUGGUCACCUAAUGGUUACCUAAAAUUCAUCCUACUUCCACCUCGAUGGUUUUUCUCACUUGGUCACAAAUCAAUCUGGAAUAUCAUUCAUCCUUGUGGGAUUCCAAGAUGACCUACCUGUUUUACAAAGUUGUCCUGAAUUACAUUCAUAAAUUCUUCAGCGCUACCCACCAUUAGUCAUUAUUCCUUGUAUAAGAAUCUCCUACCACACAUAUCGGAUUGUAUCUGCCUGCUGUAUUCAUCUCCUCCCAUGGUGAGCUGAAAGCUUCUUUGUGCAGCAGCGAGCGACUUUAUGCUAUAAUGGGAGGUCCUUGUACCGUGGCAAGGCGCACACGAGUGACAGCGAGUAUUUAGUGGCAAUAAAAUCUACACUUUACACGCCGCUAUUGAAGAAUUUCCGCGUGCAUCUUUGCGUGGAUGCAGUGCCACGAGCUUCAUGAACAUCACCAGUGCUGAUUCCCGUGUUCCUUCUUCAUUCUGAGGACCUACGCAUAAAUCGGCAGGCUUCACGUCACCACAAGAAUGAAGCCUCUCCCAUCUCAUACAAAUUCCACAUUACAGACGCUUCAUGGCAUUACUGGAGAAAGCAUCAAUUGCAUAAAAUCACUAAUUCUCUUAAGGUUUGUGUGUGUGUGUGUGUGUGUGUGUGUGUGUGUGUGUGUGUGUGUGUGUGUGUGUGUGUGUGUGUGUGAAUACUAACAUACUACAUUAAUAUUUCAGAUCUGUGCUAAAAUGCAAAUAAAAGCGGAUUUGGUGACUCUUCUGUCACAUUCACCACCAUGGAAGGCGCUUCCGACUCGAGGACUGGCAGAGAGAUGAGCGACGCCAAAACAAGCCUAUCCUUCAGCUGGAAAGACCUUCCGCAUGAAAAACGCAAACCUGAAUACUACACAGUCACAUUCUCGGGUGAAGGCAACUACACUGUGACAAAUACCAUCGCUACCGAUAUCAAAUUUGAUGGCCUGACUCCUGGCAAGAUGUACACGCUAAAAGUGGUGGCGUGUUACAAUAAUAAAAUAUGUCAGAAAGUGGAGCCGCUUGUGAACUGGACAAAACCAGAGGAACCACGAGUGAUUGAGAAAACUGAUCUCCAGACAACAACAGCCACCACCCUCACCAUCCAGCUGCCUGUCUUGGAGGAUACCCGAGGAAAGCUCUGGGUACUGUUGAAGAAAUACAACGGAAGCGGUGACGACGAAAACAUUAAGAAGAACGCACUGGAAAAGACUCGCCUGGAAGCAUUGGACAAGGUUCGCAGGAAGAGUGAGGAGGAGAAGAAUGGAAAGAAGAGCAACGGGACGCAGGCAAACGGGAGGAAUCGUCGUUCCGCUAAUCCAGGCCAAAAUGAUGACCAGUUGCGUGUCGUGGCGGAGAUCGAGGUGGAGGAGGGAAAGGAGCCCCAGGAUACAGUGGAGGUGGGAGGCGACUGGAAUGACGGAAAGGGUCUGGACGCUUAUACUGAUUACGUGGUGUUCAUAGUGACGGAGACGAGGGCAGGUCCCUACAGUGAAUACAAAGCGUUAGAGCCCCGGAUUAUGAGGACGAAGAAAAACGGUAGUGAGUCCGCUAUUCUGGGAAUGAUCGCUGGCAUGUGUGUUGCAGCAGUGUUCCUCAUUUGCCUCCUCGCAAUGCUGGUGGUGAAAUGCAAGACACCAAGGAAGCAGCAUACGGAGAGUGGUUAUAGUAAUCCAGUCGCCAAGGAAGACAAGCCAAUCGUUAAUCCAGUAGCGCAAGGUGAUGCUGUCAUAAUGAUACCCGGGAUUGACACACUUAAAAGCAUUCCGCCAAAGGACAACAAAUUUAAGCCGGAAGAUUAUAAUACAGACGCACCUGAAGAGGAUUUGUAUGCGAAUGUAAACCAGGAAGUUCGUAAGGAGGAUCUUGAAAAGUAUCUUCCACGUGCUAUCCACGCUUCCGAAACAACGAUGGAGUUUAACUCUGUGCCUUUCUUCAUGCCUGGGAAGACGGCUGCUGGAAGCCGCAUUCCAAAGAAUGUGCCCAAGAACAGAUACAAGAAUGAUAUUUCAUAUGACGACACGCGCGUGAAGCUGCCGCUGUACCACGAAAUCCCGCAUAGUGACUACAUCAACGCCAAUUAUGUCAAGGAUCCCUCGGGGUACGCUGCAUUCAUUGCCACACAGGGACCCAAGGACAACAAUGCUGAUACCACCGGUGCUUUCUGGAGAAUGAUCUGGCAUUCCAAGUGUCGCCUCAUCCUGAUGGUGGCCAACCUUGUGGAGGGAGGCAAGAUGAAGGUGGCUCAAUACUGGCCGGAGAAACAGCCAAUGGUUAAGGAAGGAGUCAAGGUGACGCUCAAAUCUGUCCAGAUCCUGAUGGACUACGCGGUGAGGACUUUCACUGUAGCUGUCGAUGGCGAGGAAAGGAUGGUGAAGCAGUAUCAUUAUAUGGCCUGGCCAGACCAUGGAGUACCUCAAACAGCCUACGGCCUCAGUCACAUGCUCAAAACUGUCAUCAAAGACUAUGAAGGGGAUCGAAAAGGGCCGAUCACGGUGCACUGCAGUGCUGGCAUUGGACGGACUGGAACCAUAAUUUUAACACUGUUUCUUCUGCAUCAAAUUCGUGCCUUCAAUGCCAUCAACACUAAAAAGGCUCUCCGCACACUGAGGGAGGGCCGCGGGCGCCUGGUGGAAAACACGGAGCAGUACAUCUUCGUCCACAAGCUCCUGUACGAUAUUCUGUUUGGCAUGAAGACAACUUACUCGUGCCAGUUUUUCGUGCAAAAUGUAGUCGCCCUUUGCUCCUCUAAGGAUUCUGACGGCAAGCUGGUUCUCGAGAAAGAGUAUGAGAAAAUGAAGAAACUCCCCAAAGAUUUGACGUUCAAGCAUGGAAGCAACCCAGCCUGCACACAUCUCAACAGAAACCAGGCCAUUCUACCAGCGGACAAGCAUAUGGUAUUUCUGCAAAGGUACGGGACAAGGACUGACUCGCAGUACAUGAACAUCGUCAGAGUCAACGGCUUUGAUAGGAAGAACGCUUACCUGGCAGGCGAGCACCCACAGCCCAACACACUGCCAAAGAUAUGGCAACUCGUGUAUGAGCACGCCAUCUCUGUCUGGCUGUUGCUGCAAGAACUCCCUGAGAACGAUCCGUCUUUCCCCAACGUGGUGCGUGAGACCUCAGCUGUGCCAUCAAACAUGACUCUCGAGAUCUCGAAGCCAAUCCAUCUUGAGAACUUCAUCGAGUACACUGCAACUCUUACAGAGAAAGAAACGGACUGCCUGAGGAGCCACAAAUGCACGUUGCUGAUGCUUAAAGGAUGGCCACACUUCGCCAAGCUGCCUUGCACCCCAUUCCCGAUUCUUGGGGCCAUCGAGAAAGCCGAGUCUCUACUGUUACCUCAGACACCUCUUCUCUUCACCUGCAGUGACGGCGUGACAGCGUGUGGCGUGACAGCCACCCUACUGCAGGCAGUCUGCAGAGCCAAGCUGACGCAGGAGGUGGACUUGUAUCGCUCUGCUGUCAGCGUGCAAUACAACAGGCCUGAGUUCAUCACCGACCUGAUGCAGUACCAGUUCCUCUUCACUGCCAUAGAGGCUUUCCUGAACGUGAACAAUCACUAUGGUAACUUCACAUGAACCCUUACGUCUCCCAAGCAGAAAUGAGGCGAAAGUUGAGGCAAAGGAUAGAAAUGUCACAUGGAAGACACAAGAAAAUCAUGAAUCAAAUAUUAAAAAAAAGAAAGAAUGCAAAUACAUAA